GACAGUGAAGGUUAUCAUCUUGUAGAGGUGGAAUAUGCAGUCCGCAGACUCAGCACUAGUAGAAAAAGGUGGUACUCCGUCUCGAUUCCCUACUACGAUCAUGGUUGACUCUUCGUCUUCUGUCCUUGGAGCUCAUUACAAGUCAUCGCUCUCAUCGUUGAUCGGCAGCAUAUGCUCUCUCUGCGAAGAUGUGCGCGCCAACAAGCGCAACUGCACAGAGAUUGGCCGGGUAAUGAUGAUGCUGUACCCGAUCAUUCGCGACAUCAAGUUCUCUGAUUUGAUGGAUGACGCUCAUGCGCGCAUCUGCAUUCACAACCUGCAGAAGGCUGUGGUGAACGCGGAGGCGUUGCUGAAGAAAUGCGUGUUCAGUGGGCCGUUUACGUGGUUGGUACACAGCACACGCAUUGCGCGCCGACUUGCGGACAUCAGCACUGAGAUCAGUCAUUCCUUGCAGGUGGUCCAGAUGGUCGUCGCGGAGAGCAAUCGGAAGCAGCUGCGCAAGCUCAGAGAAGAGCUGUUGAAUGUGAAGCUAAUCGUGAGAGAAGAGGACUGGGCAAUGUCAGAAAAAGUGAUGGAUAGUCUUCUGCACAACUUGGAAGAUGAGGAUGAAGGCGACGACUCUGGCGAGGAAACGGAAACGGAUCAUCAUCAGGACGAUAUAGAGGAACCGAUAGCAGCGAGCUGCAGCUGGGGCUGGACAAACGACAGAAGCGAUGAAAAGAAAGAUAGUCAUUCUGAAACAUUUGCUGCCACGACGAUGGCGGCGACAUCACAACGGUCAUCACCUACGGCCGGCGCCAAAGGUGAAACAACAACUCCGCCACCUCAUUCUCUCUCUCCACUGGCAGCUAAUCAUACCGGUACAGGCAAUCUCCGUACGUCAGAGGCUUCAGGAGAUCGCAAUCUGUGGCUGGAGGAAGAACCUCCACCAUCGUGGCGACUCAAUGCAGCUGCAGCCGGUCAGCAAGACACACAACAGCAGUGUGUGACAGCAGUAGGCGACAAAGCAGAUCUCAUGUCGGAGAUCAACUUCGAAGCGGGCACCGACAUGGCAUGCUUGAUGCGACCUGCGGGCAAGUCUCGGAGUGACACUGUGAAGAAUGCAAAGUCAAAGUCGAAGGGUCACCGCACGAGGCGUGAGGUGUUGCGAGAAGUUGCCGAGCACCUUCACGUUCCUGAGAGGGACGUUUGGCGGGAGCUCGCCGAAGUCGAGCGGGAAAUGACAGAAAUGGGCGUACUUCGAAACCUGUCUAUCGACCCAAGUUCGCUGGAGUUGGUGCAGUUGAUUGGUUCUGGAGGGGGCAAAAGCACGGGAGUGUGGGUGGGUAGACUUUGGGAGAAGGGCGAGAAGGGCACCGACGAAGGGUUCUUUUUGUCUUGUGAGGUCGCAGUGAAGCGGUUUCCAUGUUUCGAAGGUGUGCAAAUUUCCCAAGAGUACAAGAGGGAGGUGGAGAUUCUCCACAGGGCCUCUUCUCGCUGCGAUAAUGUGUGCAAAUUGUAUGGUGUCUGCGAAAAAGGUGGACAUCUGUGCAUCGUCAUGAAAUUGUACAAGCACAGCAUUCAGGAUAUCAUCAAGAGGGUAAAUGGACCCAUGAGUAUGGUUGACGUGGAGCGAUACGCUAUCGACAUGUGCAAGGCGCUGAUGCAACUUCACCGUGAGCACAUUAUUGUGCAGGAUGUGAAACCGGCGAACUUCUUGGAGGAUGAGGAAGGAAACGUGGUCCUUGCCGACUUCGGCAUUUCCAAGGUCGUGGAACGCACCACAGCCAAGUACAGUCCUACAGUGAUUCGAGGUACAUCCCGGUUUAUGAGUCCUGAGGCCUGGUCCGGAGUUGCACUGUGGAUGCAGUCUGACAUCUGGAGCCUUGGGUGCACCAUAUUGAACAUGAUCACAGGUGACGUCCCAUUUGCUGGCGUGAGAGACUCAGUUGUGGCCUUCAAGGUCUUGCACCAGGAAGCGAAGCCGGAAAUUCCAGCAGGCGUGCCAAAUCCGCUACGCAACGUUCUCUUACGGUGCUUCGAGUACAAUGCAUUUGACCGCCCUCAAGCGCACGAGCUGCUCGCUUUUUUUCUCCGCGGUUGCUCUCUUGAAGAUGCCCCCCUUCAAACCCCACUUACGGACGUCUUCAUAGAGCGCACACCGAGUCCCGUCAAGGACUCGAGAGCGUCUUCAGGAACUUCCCACUUAGCUGCGGACGCUUCAGACACUUCUGGAAACACCAGAGGAGGGGGUUCAAAGGGGAGUUCUGGCAGCGGCGCCCGAUUAACCAAGUUGAGUGAUAUCAUGAAGAAAGAUGUACACAUGGUGGGUAUUGAAGCUCAGAAGAACCCGUCACACAGCUCACUGACAGAGUGUGAGAUGUCCAGUGAGAAGAGGGCUAGUCUUCUCAAGCCGGGAGCGCAGAGAAGCGGUCCGUGUUGCGAUACCUGCACGAGAUUGCACGGCUCUUCCUCAAUGCAUCGUCACCAUUGGGCAUCGUUUCCAUGGUCGAAGGACAGUUACUGCCUCUGGGGAUGUCUUGUGGCAUUGGUACUGAUUGCUCUCUGCUUCAGUAUUGCGAUACCUUUUGCUUUUGUAAAGAGCAUGAAAAGACCUGCAGUUCAACUAAUCGUUCCACGCGACUUUUCGAGGACGGAAAUCGACUCCACAGCAUGGUAUGGUUUUGGAAGGACGGAUGACGAAAGGUAUCUCGUUCUGAUGGCGGCAGUGCGGAGAACACUGUAUGAGACUCGCGGAGUUCCUUGUCUUGGGUUUGUAUUCAAUAACCGGCUCAACAAUAGCCGGCUGAAUACGACCUUUGCGUACAUGUGCACCUUUUUUGGGGGUCCCUUGAGCAUGUCGGAGUGCCAGUACCUGUACCCGAACAGCUCAGAGAUUGUGACCAACGACUAUAGGCUGGGAGAGGCCAUCCUGGCAACGCACGGUCCAUCCAGCAGGCAUCACAUUCUUGCAGGACAACAGGAGCUGUUCAUUGGAGUGGUGAUGAAGGCAAUACAAUCUGUAAUGGUGGCCAAUCAAAGCUUCCAGGAUACCAUCAGAUCCCGACUGGAAGCAUUGAAUCCGGCCAUAGUUUUGAUCCCUGAGCAAUGCCCCAAAGAUUCGGAAGGAGUAAGGCUACCAUGGCGAAGGAAUGUGACACAUUCCACAACCAUUCAUGUGGGACAGGCGGUCACUUGGUACUGGGACGAUGACGAGCCCCACUCAAUAAAAGCCACAAACGAGCAGUUUACGCAGGAGAUUCAUACGGCAAUGGGUGCAGGCGAACUGGCUGUCAGUCGUGACAUUAGCAGCUACGACUUUGACCCUUCGGAGGAGCUACAGCUACGACUCCUAGGACCUGCUAAUACCUACAACCAACAGGUCUACAGCUCGAUCCCCUACAACCUGCAGACCUACGGCAACCUACCAAUUGUGGGAACAGACACAGGUUGUGGGUUCAGCUCCUGGGGUCGACACAGAAGAGGGGAGGAGGGACCUAGCGGAAAGGAAGAGGAGGGAAGUCGGGAUAGAGAAGGAGGGAGGCGGGAUAGGGGAGGUCGGAAGCGAUGGACGGGAAGGGAGACAGGUAGGGAUGGGAGGGAAGGGGAAAGGAGGGAUAGGGGGGGUCGGCGAAACACGUUGGGAGCACGUCGGGAGGGGUUGAGAGGGGAGAAGUCGGGACGGAAAUCGCGAGAGGUCGGGAUGGGAGUUAGGGAUGGAGGGAGAAGUCCACUCCCUUCGUCGUCGGGAACCUCCUCCUCCUCCUCCUCCUCCUCCUCUUCCUCCUCCUCCUCAAUCGGGACCUCCUCCGUCAUCGAGAACUCCUCCGUCACCAAGACCUCCUCCGAUGUUGGGAACUCCUCGGUCGUCGGGACCUCCUCCGUCAUCGGGACCUCCUCCAUCGUCGUCGUCGUCGGAGGAGAUGACAGAGGAGGUCCCGAUCGAGGAGGAGGAGGAGGUCCCGACUCCCGACCGAUGAAGAAGAAGAGGAGGAGAAGAGGAAGAAGAGGAGGAGAAGAGGAGGAGGAGAAGAAGAAGAAGAAGAGGCGGGGGAGAAGAGGAGAAGGAGGAGGAGAAGGGGAGGAGGAGAAGAAGAAGAAAUAGAAAAGAUGGCGAGGAGGAGGAGGAGAAGAGGAGGAGGAGAAAAUAUGGUGAGGAGAAGGAAGAGAAGAGGAGGAGGAGGAGACGAAGAAGAAGAAGAAGAAGAAGAAGAAGAAGAAGAAGAAGAAGAAGAAGAAGAAGAAGAAGAAGAAGAAGAAGAAGAAGAGGAGGAACAGAAGAACAAGAAGAAGAUAAAAAAAGCCGCGUGUU